UCGCAACUCGACUCGUAAAGACGCAAUGGAUCAGUUGUUUUGAACGCUGUCUCGACUUAAAUUUAUGCAUUUAAAGCUAGAAUAAAGUACAAAAAAAAGUAUUUACCCGGACUCAAUUGUGAUAGUUGGCUUUGUAAUUGUUGGCGACACAGCAGCAACAAUAAAUGCAAAUACAGAGCGUAGAAGAUAACAGAGAACGUGUGCUUGUCUAAGUGUAACAUUAUUGUGUUUUUCCGUUCGUUUUGUUCACGGAAAAUCAAUAGUGACUGUGAAAGCGCAUUAUUUACCCGAUUAGCAUAUCGUCGAAUCUCAACGUAGAGGAAAUUUUCCAGUGGAAACUUGAGUUUUUCAAGAAAAAGAGAAAAGCCGUCAAGUUUCGAGCUCAGAGGCAAGCAGCCGGAGAAGAAAUUAAGAAUCAGCUAUCCAAAAGAGAGAACAUCUACCAGAACACAAAAUGGCAUAUGUGGUAGCCGACCUUCCACAGUCUUAUGGACCCAGCAAUUUUGGGCUAGUAAUCGAUCAGGUGGAUAACAACACGAACGCAACCCAGCUAUUCAAAAACAAUAAAUUCAAUAACAUAAUGAACGAUCUAAACCGCGAGGAGGCGCGCCUAAAGACCUUCACCGACUGGCCGCUGGAUUGGCUGGAUAAACACCAACUGGCCCAGACGGGCAUGUUCUUCACACACGCCGGCGACAAAGUGAAAUGCUUUUUCUGCGGCGUAGAAAUCGGUUGCUGGGAGCAGGAGGAUCAGCCCGUGCCGGAGCAUCAGCGAUGGUCGCCCAAUUGCCCACUGCUGCGCCGACGCACCACCAACAAUGUGCCGAUCAAUGGCGAGGCAUUGGAUCGCAUCCUGCCGCCAAUCAGCUUCGAUAUCUGCGGCGCCAACGACUCGACGACGGCGGUGGAGCUGAGGGAGCAUGCCUACGCGGAAGGCCGCAUACCGAUGUCACAGCUAAUUCAGUCGAUAGGCGUGAAUACAGCAAAUGCGGCAGCCAGUGUCGCUGGAAUCGCAUCCCCGCAGCCGAGGGCAAUGGUCGCCACCCAUGCGUCGACGGCCACACAGGCCAAUGGCGAUGUCCAGCCGGAGACAUGUCGUGCGCCAGCCGCCAGCGGCAAUUAUUUUCCCGAGUAUCCCGAGUACGCCGUCGAGUCGGCACGCCUGCGCACCUUCGAGGCGUGGCCGAGGAACCUAAAACAGAAGCCUCACCAGCUGGCCGAGGCGGGUUUCUUCUACACGGGCGUUGGAGAUCGCGUCCGCUGCUUCAGUUGCGGCGGUGGUCUCAAGGACUGGGACGACAACGACGAGCCCUGGGAACAGCAUGCCCUGUGGCUAAGUCAGUGCCGAUUCGUCAAGCUGAUGAAGGGUCAACUCUAUAUCGAUACGGUGGCCGCCAAACCAGAGCCGGCCGAGGAAAAGGAGGAGAGCUCUUCGAUUGGAGGAGACGUGGCCAGCAGCAGGCAAGCUUCAGAAGAGGAGCAGAUUUCACCGCCAUCGGUGGAGGCCGGUUCGGGGGAUGUUGCCCCGUCCGUUGCUCCCACGGCAGCCACACGCAUCUUCGACAAGAUCAUCGAGGCGACAGCGGUGGCUUCCCCGUCCAGCAGCAGCACCGGCUCCACCUCUAUACCCGAGGAGAAGCUGUGCAAGAUCUGCUACGGCGCCGAGUACAAUACGGCAUUCCUGCCCUGCGGCCAUGUGGUGGCCUGCGCCAAGUGCGCCUCCUCUGUGACGAAGUGCCCGCUGUGCCGAAAACCCUUCACCGAUGUGAUGCGCGUAUAUUUUUCUUAAGAGCCCUAAUGCGCACCCAAGUCCUCGACUUCACAAUAAACAAGAGGAAAUCCA